AUGACGGAAGACAAUCAAAAUUUCUUCCAUAUGCAUCGUCUAGAUGAAUUUGGGUAUUUAAAAGAUGUUUUAUGGGUAGAUGCAAGAAGUAGAGCAGCGUAUGAAGAAUUUGGGGAUGUAGUAUGCUUCGAUGCCACCUACUUGACAAACGACUAUGACUUGCCCUUUGCUAAUUUUGUCGGUGUCAAUCAUCAUGGGCAAACUAUUUUGCUAGGUUGUGCACUUGUAUCUCAUGAGACUACGGAGACUUACGAGUGGGUGUUUAGAACAUGGUUGAUGUGCAUGAAUGGCAAAGCUCCUAGUGGGUUUUUAACUGAUCAAGAUGCGGCUAUGAGGAGAGCAUUGGCGAACUGUAUGCCAGACACUUGGCACAGAUGGUGUUUAUGGCAUAUUUUGACAAAAUUUAGUUCAAAACUAGGUAUGUAUACUAAGUAUCAAGACAUUAAGGUCGCAUUGCACAAUGCAAUCUAUGAUAGUAUGAAUGACGAUGAAUUUGAGAAAAGUUGGGGAGAUGCUAUUGCAAAGUUCGACCUUGGAAGUGAUACUUGGCUUGCUGGCCUUUAUCGUGAGCGGGAAAUGUGGGUUCCGGCGUACAUGAAACACUUGUUCUGGGCAGGUAUGAAAACAACGCAGAGGUCGGAGAGCAUCAAUAGCUUUUUCGACGGCUAUGUCCAGAAGAAUACAAGGUUGUGUGAUUUUGUCGAGAAAUAUUGUUGUGCAAUGGAAGCUAGAGCCAAUUCUGAAAGAGAAGCUGAUGCGAACACAAGUAGAUAUGUUAGGCACAAAGUGUCAAAGUUUAAUGUCGAGGCCGUGUUUCAGCGUGUGUACACAGAUGCAAAGUUCAAAGAAGUUCAAAAUGAAUGCUUGAAGAUACUGUAUGUGCAGUGGAGGAAGAAUGAAGAGAUUGAGGAAAAUGUUUUCGAGCACACUUUCACCGAUCGACUGUGGGUCGUGUGCAAGACAAGUAGGGAGGAGGUACCAUUGGAUAAGAAAAGAGAGUAUAAGGUUAAGGUGGAUAUGAAUUCCAACGAGGCUUGUUGUGAAUGCAAGCUACUAGAAUGCCAUGGGAUCAUGUGUCGUCAUCUAAUUUUAUUGUAUGACACAUUAAAUGUGAAGGAGAUACCCCAAAGAUAUAUUCUCCGUCGUUGGCGGAAAGAUGUGAUUAGGAAGCACACCAUGGUAAAGGUCGCAUACCAUGACCCGACUAAAACUGAGGAAGUGAAGAGUUACGAUAAGAUGAAUGUACUCUUUGAUCCUAUCUCAUUGAAAGCCGCAUAUUAUGGAGAAACUGAACAUGUAGUGGAAACUCUGCAACUACUCGACGAACGUAUCGAGCAAAGAUAUGCCAAGAGGAUGGGCGGUGAUACGGUUGAGAUGCAUCAAACCCCUUCUUCAGUUGGUAAUAACCAGUUAGUGGGGACCUUCACUCCUGGCUCUGCUCAAUCUAAUGCAACACAACCUUCCUUCAAUGUGAAAGACCCCCCAAGGAGACCCAAAAAGGGGUCUCGUUCAACCAGGUUUAUUUCGAGUGUGGAGAAAGCUUUGAAGCAGAAAAGAAGUGUGAAGACAAAGAAAACUACGACAAAUCAAACAGCUCGCAAACAAAGUAAGAAGGGAAAGGGUGCAAAUGUUGUACCUGAGGUGCAGUUUGAUUUGAAUGAGACACCGCCGCAAUGA